GUGAGACACAAAGGACUUUCUCAGAUCCAUGAUCAAAAGGAUAUGUUACCUGGGAGAGCUACAGCAAAACGGAAAGGAAUUAGAGCAAAAGAUGUGAAGGACCUCUUACCCCUGAUGCUACUAAUGGUGAUAAUUUUCCUGUUGCUUCUGUUCUGGGAAAAUGAGCUGAAUGAGGACGUAGUGGCAAUGACCAUAGAGCAUCUGCAUGUGGACUACCCUCAGAGUGACGUUCCUGUAAGGUACUGCAACCACAUGAUCUUAGAAAGAGUCAUCAAGGAACCCAACAACACCUGCAAAAAGGAGCAUGUCUUCAUCCAUGAGAGGCCUCGAAAUAUUAAUAGUGUUUGCAAUUCUCGCAGGAAGGUGGCUUGCCAAAACCAUUCCACCACUCUGUGCUUCCAGAGUGAGAACAAAUUCAAAAUGACAGUCUGUAAGCUCACUGAAGGCACCAGAUAUCCUGCCUGCAGUUACCACAUUUCCCCCAUAGAGGGGUUUAUUGUUGUCACUUGUGAUGGCAUGGGGCCAGUUAAAAUCCAGAGAUAUGUUGAAUAACAUGGGACCAGCACCUGGGUCUGCCAUCUCUGGUCUCCUCUCUCAGAGGCACUGGUGCUGGCUCUUCCGAGGCGCACCUGAACCGUGGACAUGGGGUAAUGCCUUGAGUGAAAUAGGUAGCUGCU